GGAGAGCCCAAUACAUACGCAAGGUUUCCAAUAUGGAACGCCUGUAUCAAUGCGUCUGUUAGUUUUGAAUUCAAAACUACACAAUCAGAUGGUUUGUUAAUGUACACUGACAACAAUGGAAGAUAUGACUUUUUUGAAGUUAUGGUUAAGGAUGGAUCUGUCCGACUCCGUCUAAACGUUAUUGAUGAACAAGACGGAAGCGUUGAAAUCAUCCUUGGAAAUAACCUUAACGAUAACCGAUGGCACAGCGUAGAAGUGAAAAGGAAACAUUUUGAAACCAUCUUGCAAGUGGAUGGAACCUCCAGUAGCAAAGUUGCUUUUGGUUCCGACUCGACUGUGUUUCGAGAUAGGAAUAAGAAUAACUAUGUGUAUUUUGGAGGUGUUCCUCUUGGAUAUCGACGAGAUUCCAGAGGCUCACAGCAAGAUGAAACCGUCAGUGACCAGAAAUUUGAAGGAGAUUUACGGAAUAUUUUGUAUUUCAAUUGUACCUGUAUUCCUGAAAGAGCUGAGGUG